UUCCCAACCAACACCACUAUAAUAUAUCAAAAGAAAGAAAAAAAAAGUACACUACUACUACUCCUCACUUGGAAUUAAAAUUAGGUUCUUACCUAUUUUGAUUACGAUUUGUGGGGUUUUCUUUUUAACAUUCUUUCUUGUUUUUUCACAUGAGAAUACCCCAUUACUUUUUUUGAUUGAUUCUUUCUUCACUGAACUCAAAGAUGCUUUCUUUUUUGCUAUGACUAUGAGUCUAUGAGAUCUCAUUUGGGGUUCGGCUUUUCUUAUCAAAAUCUUGAAAUAAGUUUGAAAAAAAGAUGAGUCUUUGAUUUUGGAUCCAGGUUUAUGGAGCUCUUCAGAUGACUUGAUUAAUGAGGAUACUAAGAUGACAUCAGAAAGGUUAACAGGAGAAGAAUCUAUUCAACAAGAUUUGGAGUCUUUAAGCGUGUCGAAAAGGCUAGUCAGAAGUGUGAGCCAAAAGUUGAAAAAGAAGAACCAUAGAAGCGGAGGGGGAGAAGAGGAUGAUGACAGGGGUGUCUCCUUGAAAUGCCUAACCCUAUACGGUAGAGGGGGUGGUUGCAAAGUAGGUGCUGAUACUGGCGAUGAGUUGGGGGAUUCAUGUGGUAGAAGAAGGUCGAAUGCAAGUGAGGAAGGCAAAGGCUAUGCCCCAAUAUGUGGAAAUGAAGAAACCACAGUAGAUUGCUUCGCUUAUGGGAUGAGGGAAAAAUUCUGGAGGAGGACUAAUAGGAAAUCUCUAGAACUUGAAGCAGCACUACAGAACAAAAGCAUGAAUGUGUUUUUGCCGGAUGACAUCCUUGAAAUGUGCUUAUUGAGGCUUCCUUUUAUAAGUGUCAUGAAUGCUAGGCUGGUGUGCAAGAAAUGGAGAAACUUGACAAUGACGCCUCGUUUUUGGCGAAUGAGGCAAGAAGGUUCAUUUCAAAAUCCAUGGGUUUUUCUCUUUGGGGUUGUAAAAGACGGUUGUUGUUCUGCAGAAAUACAUGCAUUGGAUGUUUCCUUCAACCAAUGGCACAAAAUUAACUCUGAAAUUCUGAAAGGAAGGUUUUUAUUUUCUGUUGCCGGUAUCCAUGAUGAUGUUUAUGUUGUUGGAGGCUGUUCUAGCCUUACUAACUUUGGGAAAGUUGAUAAGAGCUCAUUCAAGACACAUAAAAGCGUGCUCGUUUUUAGUCCCUUGAUGAGAACGUGGCGUAAAGCUUCGCCAAUGAAGCAUGCAAGAUCAUCCCCUAUUUUAGGAGCUUAUGAGAUCAGUUCAGAUUGUUUAAUUAUUAGGAAUCAACAAACUCGAGGAGACAGAAGAUUUUACCGUCCAAGAGUUGGCGGGGUAUCUGAUGUUUACGAGGAUCCUCAUAGACUUUCAGUUAGACGCCAAUCUCGACAUUCUCUGGAUGAGAACGAGCUUACAUCAUUGCCCAGUGUGAAACCGUACAAGUUUGUCAAACAAAAAGGCGAACAUUCAAAUAAAGAUCAACAACGCUUUAUCUUGAUUGCUGUAGGGGGUCUUGGAUGCUGGGAUGAGCCUAUGGAUUCUGGGGAAAUUUAUGAUUCCAUGUCAAAUAAAUGGACAGAGAUCCAGAGGCUGCCUGCAGAUUUUGGAGUAGCUUGUUCGGGGGUCGUGUGCAAUGGGAUGUUUUAUGUUUAUUCAGAAAGUGAUAAGGUAGCAGCAUAUGACAUUGAGAAGGGCUAUUGGGUUAGAAUCCAAACCAGUCCAUUCCCUCCCCGAGUUCAUGAAUACCACCCUAAACUUAUAUGCUGCAAUGGACGGUUAUUUAUGCUCUCUGUCUCGUGGUGUGAAGGAGAAGGUCAGAUUGGCAGGAGAAACAAAGCAGUAAGAAAGCUUUGGGAGCUUGAUCUUGUGUAUCUCACUUGGACAGAAGUUUCAACACAUCCUGAUGCCCCAAUGGAUUGGAACGCUGCGUUUAUUGCUGAUAAAAACUUUAUAUUUGGAGUUGAAAUGUUCAAAAUAUUCGGGCAGGUGCUAGACUUCUUGACUGUUGGAGAAGUAUCUGGUGCUGGAACAAGCUGGAGCCAUAUCUCAAGGAACCGUCUACCCCAUGAAUUGGAUGCUGCUUCUUGCUUGACUAAAUCCAUGGCAGUUCUACACUUGUGACGGAUCAAAGAAGACCUACGAUAGCAUCUGUUUCCUCAGCUUCAGAUCUUCUGAAUGCCAACUAGUCAAAAUAUGUGCAGUGUUGAUCAUAUUCUUUUGUUAUGGCCAGUUUUUACCAUUUGUUGGACACGUUUGAUGCUGUUUAACUAAUCUAUAUAUUAUUGUUUAUUUCAUUAUUAUUCGAAUUAGUUCUGUUGAUGCA